AUGGAAGAGACGGCUAGAAGUUACUUUGAUGAACUGGUAUCACGAUCGCUACUUCAAAAAUCAGGGGAGGAUGGUUUCACAAUGCAUGAUCUUCUUAACGACUUGGGUCAGUUCAUGUCUAGGGGAUUUUUUCUCAGGCUGGAAGAGAGGGAAUCACAAGAAGUUAAAAGACUUCGUCAUUUGUCAUAUGCUAUGGGAGAAAUUGAUGCUGCUAAAAAAUUUGAGCCAUUAGAUGGGGCAAAGUCUCUGCGGACCUUCCUACCUAUCUCAAUAUAUGACUUGUUCUUCUUCCACAUAAGUAAAAAGUUUCUACAUGAUUUGUUGCCAUCCCUGAAACGUUUACGGGUUUUAUCAUUGUCGCGUUAUCUAAAUGUUGCUGAAGUACCUGAUUCUGUGGGCAAUCUCAUUCACCUACGCUACCUGGAUCUCUCCGAGACGGCAAUUGUAAGCUUACCUGGUGCAGUUUGCACUCUCUACAAUUUGCAGACGUUACUGCUGUCAGAUUGUUAUGCUCUCAUUGAACUGCCAGCAGACAUGAGAAAAUUGAUAAAUUUACGGAAGUUAACGUUGGCAGGUUGCAGCUCCCUUACUAAAUUACCAGCAGAUAUGAGGGAAUUGAGUAGUUUGCAUUACCUCGAUGUCAGUGGAACAAAGAUAGAAGGGAUGCCGGUGGAAAUUGGAAGACUAAAAUGUUUGAGAACAUUAACUGAUUUCGUUGUGGGGAAAUCUACCGGGUCUAGCAUUGGAGAAUUAAGGGAGUUGCAGCAUCUUCAAGGAAGACUUCGUAUUUCAAAGCUGCACAAUGGAGUUCAUGUUGUGGAUGCAUUGGAAGCCAAUUUGAAGGAUAAGAAAGAACUCAAGGACUUAGAGUUGGCAUGGGGUGUGGAGGAAGCCGAUGAUUCCCAAAAGGAGAGAGAUGUGCUUGACAAGCUCCAACCUUCUGCAAAUUUGGAGAAACUGACUAUCAGAUUCUAUGGAGGGUUCAGCUUCCCAAAUUGGUUAGGAAGCUCUAAUUCCUUCUCGAACAUACAGUUCAUGUGUAUCAGUGAUUGUAAGUAUUGUUUGUCCUUGCCAAGUUUUGGGCAGCUGCCCAUUCUUAAAAAGCUACGCAUCGAAGGGAUGAAUUUUGUUACGAAAGUUGGUGAUGAAUUCUAUGGUGAUCUUAAUGGAGCUUCUGUAAUUCAGCCCUUUCGGUCUCUGAAGAAGUGGAGGUCAAUGUUCAGACUUUCCUUGUCUCCAGGAGAUGAGAAUAUGGAAUUGUCCGAAGCUGAGAGGAUACUUGCCCAAUCGUCUUCCUUGCUUGAAAACACUUAG